GUCAUUUCACAUUCAAUGAUUCAAUAAUUGAUUUCGACUUUCGUUUAAUUUCGUUUUUGUUUGGUGAUUUGUGGUGAUUUGCAGUUGUUCAAGCAGUAAUUAAUUAAAACGCACAGCUUAAACUAAUUGAAGUUAUAUAUUUAACUUGCAAAUAGUCAACGCAGUGCCACACCACAGUGAAACAAAACAGAAUAUACUCUCAGAAGAACUUCAUAAAAGCUACAGAAAAUUCUGAUCAUUAGAGCACUUUAGGUUUUGAUUUUAAACCUUAGACCCUGAACAUCGUCAAAGUGGCCAAUAUGAAGAAAAAGGUUCUCUUGAUGGGGAAGAGUGGUUCGGGUAAGACGAGUAUGAGAUCUAUCAUAUUUGCCAACUAUAUCGCAAGAGAUACUAGGAGACUAGGAGCCACAAUUGAUGUUGAACAUUCCCAUGUACGGUUCCUCGGGAACCUGGUGCUCAACCUAUGGGACUGCGGUGGGCAGGAGGCUUUCAUGGAAAACUACUUUGCCUCACAGAGAGACAAUAUCUUCAGGAAUGUGGAGGUCCUCAUUUAUGUGUUUGAUGUGGAAAGCAGGGAAAUGGAGAAAGAUACACAUUAUUAUCAGUCCUGUUUAGAGGCUAUUUUGCAGAAUUCUCCAGAGGCAAGGAUAUUCUGUUUAGUACACAAAAUGGACUUAGUUGCUGAAGACAGACAAGAGGAAAUGUUCAAAUCCCGUGAGGAGGAUCUCAAAAGGCUCUCUAAACCUCUUGAAUGUACAUGCUUUAGGACUAGUAUAUGGGACGAAACUCUUUAUAAGGCAUGGUCGAGCAUAGUUUACAAAUUAAUACCGAAUGUAAAAGCAUUAGAAUCAUCUCUCAAACAGUUUGCAGCCAUAGUGGAUGCUGAUGAGGUACUUUUGUUCGAGCGUGCGACAUUCCUGGUAGUAUCCCACUGCCAGCGGCGGCCGCACCGCGACGCGCAUCGCUUUGAGAAAGUCUCCAACAUUGUCAAGCAGUUCAAACUCUCUUGCUCCAAGCUCGCGGCGCAGUUCCAGAGUAUGGAGGUACGAAAUAGUGUGUUCGCGGCAUUCAUAGACGGUUUCACGAGCAACACGUACGUAAUGGUGGAAAUGUCCGACCCCAAGAUUCCCUCUGAAGCAGCUCUCAUCAACAUCAGGAACGCGAGGAAACACUUUGAGAAACUCGAAAAAGUAUCAUCCAGUGCCCCAAACCAGUACCAGUGAAGAGAUAUAAUAGCUAAGACCCGAAACAUACUUGUAACAAGCCACCCGACGCGUUUUGAGUCAAAUUAAAUCAUAAAAAUAGUGCGCAUAGACUAAUGUCAUCCUCAAAAAGCUAGUGGAUAGUUCUUAGAUUAGAAUUAAAUGUCAAAAAUAAAUUAUUUCUUAGAAACUAUAACAUAGAGGGUCUUCCAAAACUCGUAAAAUCCGCGUCCACAGUUAGUAUUAAGUUUGCUAACCAUUUUGAAUAUUAUUAACGAAGCGUUUUGAUGUUUGAUAAAAAGUCGCUAAAUUGACUAGGAGUCAUCAUCCCCAUUCUGUUCUACGCAAUUUCUAAGCUAAACUAAAUUUAUAGGUCUAAAUGUAUUGCUACUAUCCCUUUCAUAAUGUUCUCUGCAAAAAAGGUUUAGACCUAUCAAUUUAGAGAUUGUUUACAACAGAACAUUGACGUACUGGACAAGUAAGACUACCAAUCACCGAAAAUCCAUUAAAGUAGAUUUUUUACGAAUAAAAACAAUACAAAAACGGGUGUCGUGUUAUAAGCUUGUGUGUGUGGCUCAGUUCUAGUGCCUAGAGUUACUUGCCAAAGCAAGAUUGAAAUUGUUUAUAAAAAUAUGUAGUUAUUCGUACUUUGUAAUUUAGUGUUCUAUUUAUUUUAACUUUGAGCCAAGUUAAAGAAAACAUUCUGGAAAGCUGAUAUCUACAGUGUUACAGCUGAAAUGGAUAAUAAGCAAUCCUAUCUGUAAUCUGUAGAUAAGUUACCAGGCAACCUUGCUACUUCUCCAAAUUGUAUGGUCAAAUAACAAUGUUGCCAAGUAACUUGUCGACAAAUUAAAGAAAGAUAAAUGUUUUUUUUUUAAUUCAUAUUAUACAAAUUAUACCUUGACGAUCUCAAGAAUUGAAGAUGCAGUCCAAGACAGUAGCGGGCUAACCUGGUAGGGGUAUUUAUUAUUAAUUUUGUCUGCCCUCUACAAUCUCAAAUCAGAGCCCUGAGAAGGUUACGUAAUGACUAAAUUUUGACUACUAAUACAAAGCAAGGUGGGUUACACAAGUCGGUAUUCAUACCUCCAUCAUUUUAAGGUUAAAGGUAAUUUGGUUCAAAGUUAACAAGCCCUAACUUAUGCAACCCAUUUUGCUUUUAUUGACGAUCAAUCUUUAACAAUAACUGUAAACCUUAAGCACCUGUUAUGUUACUGGCCCUCUAAAACUUUGACUUGAAGUAGAUAAACUGUCUAGAUAGAAAGGCCUCACACGAUCAUAUUCGGCUUUAAAAUUAACGUUAACUGAGCGUAAAUCGCUCAUAAUAAAAUAGAAAAUAGAGAGGUGAUAAUCUAGUGGUCAACAUGUUGGCUAAUGGCUUCCUAUUCCAGGGGGUUCGGCAUGCGCUUCUAACUUUUCGGAGUUACGUACGUUUUAAGCAAUUAAUUAACCUGCAUUCCUAAGAGUUCUCUAUGAUAUUCUCAAAGGUGUGUAAAGUCUGCCAAUCUGCUUUUGGCCAGCAUGGGUAGACUAUGGUUAAACCUCUCAUUCUGAGAGGAGACCCGUCCCCCUUGCUUAGUAAGGGUCCGGUUUGGGUUGAGAUCAUGUUGAAUGAUGGAGCACAAAGUUCUCAACGCACUUGAGUUGCGUUGCGCGACGCGUAAGUGCGUUUGGACCUUAAACCUAUCAUUUACUUAGUAUGGAAAUUAACUUUCGGGAAAACGCCACGAUUUCACAUUUCAUGUUAUGAACUUAUGGCACAUUUACGUACAGUUAACGUUAACUGGAAAAGUUACACUGCAGCUCUAGAUCCUACUUCUCUUUAAUUUUAAGUGAUACGUUUAUUUACGGGUUCCGUCUACCUUUUUCUUUUGUGGAUUCGAGAUGUAAAUAUUAGAAGUUAUUUUAACAACGCACUCCUAACCAAAAUCGCAAUAAAAAAUUUAAGAGAGUGGAUAAAAGAGUAAGGUUCAACCAUAAAAUUGCUUUACCACCAAUGACCUCUACUGAUACGCGCUAGACUUGCGAUUGCCGACCUGUUUUCAAAGCAACUUGAGAUUCGGUAUUUUGGCGCCUGGUAGCAGCAGCAAGCGUCAUGUGAGGGAAUUAAAUUAUUAUGAUAAAUGAUGAGACGAGAUUAUGAUAAGAGAUGAGAAAUUAAAUCCCAGUACGCUCCGUAAGGCGCUUCGAAUCGGGACAAAAAAAUAACUAUCAUUUUGUAAGGUAGGCUCUUCCAGCGCACUUGUAUCCACUAAUAAUAUGUUCAUUUCAUUGUUUAUCACCCUUAAUUAAAUGGCGUUCACAUCAUAAAAUGACAAGGUCUAUUUUCGCUUAGAAGACCUACAUUACAUAUUUUAUGAAAAUCCGGGCCUAAUGUUUUGAUUUACUUGAAGAUGUCGAAAAUGUAGGUAAAGCAAUUUAAUGGUCGAUUUUAUAGAUUUCCAAAAAUGUCGAAGUCUUAUUUAACACACUCGUAAAAACUUAUAUUUUAAAAAUUAAAGUUAAAUAAUUACUUAAAUGAUUGUUUUCAUCCAUCCAUACUUUAUAAUGCAACUGUGUCUGUCUUUCCGUUACCUAAUUACGGCUCAACUGCUGAACCGAUCUUUACGAAACGCAAAGAUGUUGUUGGCAUCCUGGAAACGGAAAUAGGGUACUUGGAAUCCCGGGAAAAUAGGAGCUCAUGAAUACUUGUUUAAAACUCUAUUACCACGCGGACGAAGUCGCGGGCAAAAAAUAUUAGUUCAUAUAGGUACCAGUUCCGGAAUUGUGUGUUGUUUUGCUUGUCUGAAUGAUUUUUUUAUUUAUAUAUAAAAGCGAAAAUAUUGUUACUAAAUAGUACCAUCAUUCCCUGAUUUAUUGACCGUGUAACCGUUGUACGUAAAUAAAUUACUCAUUAGGUAGGCAUAUAAAAGAUUUAUUUAUUUGUGCUCUCAAGAAUAAUAAUCUACCGAAUACUUACCUAUAUAUUUUAUUUUGUUUUCACUUGUAUAUCAUUAUUUAUUCAUAAUACUACUAUUAGUUACCUACAUAUCGAAUUAUGCUCUUUUUAAAUACAAUAAAUACUUACUUUAAAUAGUU